AUGAAUACAAAGGGAUUGAACAAGGAUGUAAUAAACAAAUAUUUUUGUAAGCCAGAUCAAAAGAACCAAGAGGUUUUUGAGGCUUAUUGUUAACUUUAUGAAUUUAAAGGUGAAAAGUUAUUUAGAUGCAAUGAGAUUAUUAUUGAGUAGAAUUCGAAUAGCAGGAGAGGCAUAAAUUGUGGUUAGAGUAGUCAAAAUAUUUGCAAGAGUAUAUAAUUAAUAAAAUUCCGACGAAUUUAAGUAAGAUGAAACUUCUUAUGUAUUGGCUUAUACAUUCAUAAUGUUGUCUACUGAUACUGCUUCUACUAAAAUCUUAGAGAAGAAUAGGAUGAUAAAAGAACAAUUUAAAAAAAAUAGUAUAGCGUUUCCAAAUAUACUUCCUAAUUACUUUGAGGAGGUUUAUGAUUCAGUAACGAGAGAACCCUUUCGAACUACGUCGGUUAUUUAGAAUAGAUCUACAGUCAUCUGA